AUGGACCUUCAGCUUUUUCCUCCAAACUUUCUCAGUUCUCUCAACCUUCAUGUUUUUGCUACUAACCACAGACCCCUUAAUCUCCCUAACCUUUGGUGUAUUUGUUCUAAAGACCUAUCCCCUCAGAUAAUUCAUUGUUCUGACCAAUUUGUCGCUUUCAGUUUAGUCAUUGACAAUUCUUGUGUUUUUAUCGCCUCUGUUUAUGCUUCCACUAAUGCUAUCAACCGCAAACUCCUUUGGGCUGAUCUCUCUUCUCUGCUGGUUAACCAUCCCGCUCCUUGGUGCUUUUUAGGUGACUUUAACGCCAUUCUUGGAGCUCACGAGCAUCGUGGUAGGAUCUCUCCCUCGAGAUCCUCUAUUUCUGAUUUUCGCGACUGGUUUAAUCUUCAUUGUCUCUCUGAUUUACCCACCAAAGGUCCUUUCUUCACUUGGUUGAAUGGUAGAAAUGGCAUUCACCUUGUUGAGAGACGCCUGGAUAGAGUGCUAUGCAAUCAAGCUUGGAUCACUAGAUGCUUCUCUUCUCAUGCUUUCACCCUGCCGAAAAUCAGAUCGGAUCACUUCCCCAUCUGUUUGGAAGCCUCUUUCUCCCAUAUUUGUUUCAAAUCUAAUUUCAGGUUUCUUAAUAUGUGGACCUCCCAUGAUACUUGCAAGGCUCUUGUGGCAGACUGUUGGUCUCAACCUGUGUUUGGCUGCCCCAUGUUUAUCCUGUCCCACAAACUCAAGCUUCUCAAAGGCAAGCUCAAAAUCUGGAAUAAAGAGGUUUUUGGAGACAUUCACAAGCUGGUUCAGACCUCUACUACUCUUUUAAAUCACAUACAGGAGCAAAUUCACCUGAUUGGCAUGACUGAUUCCUUAAAAGCUCAGGAGGUUAAAGCUCAAAUUGAUCUUGAAGACGCUUUAGUCAAGGAGGAGCUUUAUUGGAUGGAGAAGGCGAGAGUGAGAUGGCAUAAACAGGGUGAUCGGAAUACUGCUUAUUUUCAUAGAAUUUCCAAAAUCAAACGUUCCAAAAACACGAUAUCUAGCCUGCGGAAUGGGGACCUUUUGAUUCUGGACCCUGAGGACAUGGCUGCUCACGCAGUCAGUUAUUUCACUAACAUCUUCGGUUUUGCAGGUACAGUCCAAGAUAACGCUAUCACAGACAUUAUUCCCUCGCUGGUCUCGGAGACUAUGAAUGCUACUCUCACGGCUAUUCCUUCGGUGGACGAAAUCAAAGCUGCGGUGUUUGGUCUUCGCAAAGACAGUGCUCCUGGCCCCGACGGAUUUGGUGGUGUAUUCUUUCAUACAUACUGGAAUAUUAUUAGUAAUGACGUGUGUAAUGCAGUUUGGCAGUUUUUCAAAGAAGGUUGGAUUCCGCAGAACUACAAUGCCAAUCUGAUUAUCUUGAUUCCCAAAUCUAAAGAUGCUGAUUCUAUGGAGAAUUUCAGACCAAUUGCCCUUGCCAACUUUAAGUUCAAGAUAAUUUCCAAAAUCAUUGCGGGGAGAAACAUCAAAGACUGUCUAUGUCUGGCUUCGGAAAUUGCUAACCUCUUGGAUAAAAAAACUGUUGGUGGUAAUGUUGUUCUUAAAGUAGAUAUCACAAAAGCUUUUGAUACCAUCAAUUGGAGCUUCCUUCUCAAAGUGCUUAAGAGGUAUGGUUUUAACAACACAUUCUGUCAUUGGAUUUCCACUAUUUUGGAUUCUGCCUACAUGUCGGUGGCUUUCAAUGGUUCCAUUCAUGGUUACUUUCCCUGCAAGAGGGGAGUCCGACAGGGUGAUCCUCUCUCCCCUCUUCUUUUUUGUUUGGCGGAAGACGUUUUAAGUCGACAUAUUUCUUCUUUGGUUUCUACGGGAAAGCUUCUUCCUAUGAAAGCUACCAAAAAUUUGUGCAUUCCUUCUCACAUUCUGUACGCGGAUGACAUCCUUAUUUGCUGCAAAGGAAAGAGCUCCAACAUCACUGCCCUCCAGCAUUUAUUUCAUAAUUACUCGGUAGCCUCGGGUCAGUACGUCAACACCGCCAAAUCUUUUAUUUAUUGUGGAGCUAUGGACAACAACAGAGCCACACAUCUCUCUAGCCUCACUGGUUUCAGCAAAGGUUCCUUGCCUUUUCGUUAUCUCGGUGUCCCUAUCUUUAAAGGGAGGGUCAAACGUGCCCAUUUUCAAGACUUAGCUGACAGUAUGAUAUCCAAGAUGGCUGCCUGGAAGGGAUCCCUUCUCUCUUAUGCAGGUAGAAUUACUUUGCCUGUUUCUCUCCUCAAAGACAUUGAACAAGCUUCCCGAAACUUUAUUUGGAGUGGCUCUACCACUUCUAAAAAGCUGGUUACAGUGGCUUGGAACAAAGUUUGUCAACCUAAAUCUCACGGCGGACUUGGCUUACGCUCCUUGAUUACCCUCAAUAAUGCUUCCAAUUUAAAACUCGGCUGGGAUCUUAUCAAUAGUGAGGAAAACUGGGCUUGUUUGCUUCGUGCUAGAGUGCUCAGGAAUUUCGGUUAUAUUCGUCAUCAUAUUUUCUCUACUGUAUGGAGCAGUAUUAAGCCUGAAAUUCAAUGCCUUUAUUCUAACACCGCUUGGUCGAUUGGAAACGGUUCUCGCAUUAAAUUCUGGACUGAUGCUUGGUGCGGACCGCCCCUUAUUGAGAAAACUCAGCUCCAUGUUCUCGUCUUGAAUGGAAUUGACCCUCACAUUCGUAUUUGCGAUCUUCUGAACAACGGGAGCUGGAACAUUCCAAUUCUCUGGUACAAUCUUUUCCCAUUUAUUCCGCAGCAUAUUUCACAUGUUCUCCCCCAUGUUUCUCUUCCGGAUUUUCUGGUUUGGCCCUCCUCUUGCGAUGGUACACUUUCAUUGAAAGAUGCUUACAAAUUUAAAGCGUCCCCUUCGAUUAAGCUUCCCUGGCCUGCUAUCGUUUGGCAUAAUGAUAUUGCUCCAUCGAAGUCCUUUCUUGUCUGGCGUCUCAUUCACGGCAAGAUUCCUACAGAUGAAGCCUUCCAAUCUCGCGGCUUUAGCCUCUGCUCGCGGUGCAGCCUCUGUAAUCUACAGAGUGAAUCUACCUCUCAUAUCUUCUUUCACUGUCGCUUUGCGGUUAGAAUUUGGAAAUGGCUCUGCUGUAUGAUUAAUUGUCCUAUCAACAUUCAUUCCAUGGAUUCUGUUUGGAACCUUUGCCGCAGUAGUACAUCUCCGCAAGGUAUGCUUGUUAUUUCGGCUGCCAUUGUUUCUGUUUUAUCCUUCAUUUGGCUGGCCCGUAAUGGAGCUAGAUAUCGGAAUAUCACUCCUUCUUUUCAUUCGACAGUCUCGGGUAUUCUGGCCCAAAUUAGAUUGGCAGGGAAUUGUUCGGUCUUGCGUGCCUCUUCAUCUAUGUCUGACUUCUGCUUGCUUAAAUCUUUCAAGAUUUCCGUGAACUUUCCUCGGGCCCCUCGGGUUAUUGAGUUUCUCUGGCAUCCUCCGAUUCAGUCUUGGAUUAAGUGUAAUUGUGACGGCUCUCUUGCCAACUCUGCUAGUGGCUGUGGUGGUAUCUUUCGCGAUUCUCUUGGUAAUUUUGUUCUUGCCUUUGCUGAGCCGGUAGCGGAGCUGAAUUCCUUAGAUGCGGAAUUCUCUGCUGUUUUCAGAGCCAUUGAAAUAGCUAGAGACAGAGCAUGGUUGAAGCUUUGGAUUGAAUGUGACUCCUUAAUUGUCGUCCAAGCUUUUUCAAAGGAGGUCUUAAUUCCUUGGCAAUUUCGGGAUAGGGAAGGGAACUCUUGUGCGGAUUUUUUUGCUAAUUUAGGCCGCAAUUCGCUUUCGCUAACUCUUUUUGAUGCCAUCCCCAUAGGCAUUAGAUGUGAUUUUGCAUCAAAUCCGAGUAUAGCUUUCUUAAUGGGAAUGUUCGCUGAAUUUUGGGAAAUGGAAAUCUUACUAAAUUCUGGACCGACCAUUGGUGUGGUACGCAUUGAUUUGGGAAUCGUCUCCGGAAUUCCUCCUUGGCCAAGGGCUCUGUGCAACCAGGAUUUGGUUCAUUAUGAUGUUAUGGUCCGGCCUCGCUGCUCUUCGGGCCCGCUCUGUCUCAAGGAUGCUUUCAAUAUUAAAGCCCCUAUUUCGUGUGAGCGUUCGUGGGCUAAAAGCAUUUGGAGUUCUGACAUUCCUCCUUCCAAAUUUAUCCUUGCUUGGAAGCUUAUUUUACGGAGAGUUCCAACUGAUGAUUUAUUUUUGGCUCACAGGAUUUCCUUGGCUUCUAUGUGUCCCAUUUGCAAGAAAGCUCCAGAAUCUAUUAUGCAUCUCUUCUCUUCUUGUAGAUUCGCAUCUUCUCUUUGGAAUUGGUUUUUCAAGAUUGCAAAAUUUACCGCGAUACCGAAUACUUUUGAGGAGAUCUUGCAAUUGUGCAACUCUGGUUUUUCUAAGCAUUGCUUGCUUGUCCUUCGAGCUGCCGCUGUUUUUGUGAUUUGGAACAUUUGGCUGUUCCGCAACUUGUGUAUUUAUAAGAAUAUCGCUCCUAACGUUCGAGUCUCCAUUUCUAAUAUUCAGGCUCAGAUUGCUCUAUCAGGUAAUAAUUCUAACCUUACAUCUUUCUCUUCUAUGCAAGAAUUCUCCAUCCUCAAAGCUUUCAAAGUGUCCAUUCGUCCUCCUCCUGUUUUGGUCCCUAAGGAGGUCCUCUGGAAGCCUCCCAUUCUGGAUUGGGUUAAAGGUAAUUGUGAUGGCGCUUUCGAUUCCAAUGGGCCCGCAUCUGCUUGCGGUGGAGUUUUCAGAAACAAUUAUGGGGAUUUUUUGUUGGCUUUUGCUGAGAAUCUUUCUAUGCCUUAUUGGUUUCAUGUUGAGCUUUGUGGGGCCAUUAGGGUCAUCUUUAUUGCGGAGCAAAGGGGGUGGUCUAAGUUGUGGUUGAAAACGGAUUCGUCCUUGGUUGUUCAGGCUUAUUCCAACCCCUCUAUUGUCUUGUUGCACCGUUGCACCUUCGUAAGCUUUAGAAUUCUUGUUUAG